AUGAUAUCUACUAAUUCACCACUUAUUGGCAAAUCAUCCGUCGUUGUAACAGGAGAGACACGACAGCAGGGAGCGUUAUCCACCGUUAUUGCAGACCAUUUUGAGCCCCCUGUUUUGAAUGAAAAAGUUAAACUUGACAAAGUUUUCAAUGCAAGGAAUCUCCAGCAAAUCUGUGGCAUCAAGAUCAGAUGGACCAGCAAUCUUGCAGAUUACUUGAUGAUGAGAAAUGAUGACACUGCAGUGGAAAUAUUUCACUGUGCAGCUUUCUUAAGAUGCCAUGAAAAUUCGUCUCUCUUUCCAAAAGGAUUUAUUGAAGAAACGAUCCAGACCCUGGCGAUACUACUUCCGGAGCACAACAAAGAUGUCAAGACUUGGUUUAAAAGCCAGCAGAAGCUUAUUGACACUGCGAUUUUCCAGCUUGCACGAGAAUGCGGCCAAUUGAAAAAGUCUGUCCGUCAGAUCAAAAACUUCGUGUACUGGCACGACCGCUUGUUAAUUCUCAAACAAGUCUUCGAUGAAGCGGAGCCUAGCACCGCGUCGCAAUGGUGGAACGACAGGCGGAAGAAAGUCCAAUGGUGCACGUUCUGGGUGGCAGCACUCGUGUUACUUCUUACGAUCUUCUUCGGACUUCUUCAAGGAAUUGAAGGCGCGCUGCAAGUGUAUAAGGCGUUCAAUCCGUAGAGAUUGAGGGACUUGCAGC